AUGGCUUUACGUGUACCAAAGAGUAGUUAUCCUCAAUUGUUUAAAGAUGGAUACAAGAAUAUACAAGGAGUUGAUGAAGCCGUUUUAAGAAAUAUUCAAGCCAUUCAUGAAUUAACCGAGAUUGUUAGAACUUCAUUUGGCAAAAAUAAAAUGGUGAUUAAUCAUCUUGAGAAACUUUUUGUUACAAAUGACGCUACUACAAUUAUUCGUGAAUUAGAAGUUGUACAUCCUGCUGCGAAAUUAUUGGUGAUGGCUAGUCAACAGCAAGAGCAAGAGGUAGGAGAUGCUACAAAUUUUGUAAUGAUUAUGGCAGGAGAAUUACUUCAAAAAGCAGAAUAUUUAUUAAGAAUGGGUUUACACCCAAGUGAAAUCAUUCAAGGUUAUGAAAUUGCUAGAGAUAAAGUUUCAGAGAUCUUGCAAGAAUCUGUAAAAGAUUUGAAAUCACCAAAAGAAUUAUCAAAAGCUGUCAAAACUACAAUAUCAUCAAAACAAUAUGGCAACGAAGAUAUACUUACACCAUUGGUAAUUGAAGCUGCACAUCUUGUAAUGCCAAAAAAUCCUCAAAAUUUCAAUGUUGAUAAUAUUAGAGUGGUGAAAGUUAUGGGUAGCAGUAUUCAUGAGAGUAGGGUGGUCAAGGGUAUGGUAUUUGGUCGUGAACCAGAAGGAAUUGUACGUAAAGUUAAUAAUGGAAAAAUCGCUGUCUUCACUUGUUCUUUGGAUUUGACACAGACCGAAACAAAAGGUACGGUUUUGAUUCAUAAUGCUAAAGAAAUGUUAAAUUUUACUAAAGGUGAAGAACAUCAUAUGGAAAAGGUAUUUAAAGAAUUGGCUGAUGCAGAUAUAAAAGUGGUAGUAACAGGAUCAUCAAUCGGAGAAUUAGCAUUACAUUAUUUGAAUCGUUUUAAUAUUAUGGUGGUUAAAGUGUUAUCAAAGUUUGAUUUGAGAAGAUUAUGUAAAGUUUUAGAUGCAAAUGCAUUGGCCAGAUUAGGUGUUCCUACACCAGAAGAGAUGGGUUAUUGUGACAUUGUAGAAACUGUUGAAAUUGGUGGUGAUAGAGUCACUGUUUUUAGACAAGAAAAUGAAACAACUAAAACAGCUACAAUAAUUAUUCGUGGAGCUACACAAAAUCAUUUGGAUGAUAUUGAGAGAGCUAUUGAUGGCGGUAUUAAUAUAGUUAAAGCCAUUGGCAGAGAUAAUCGUUUAGUUCCUGGUGCUGGCGCAACUGAAAUGGAAUUGCUUAAACAAUUAGUCACAUUUGAAAUUUUUCCAAGAACGAUAGCAGAAAAUUCUGGAUUAGAUGCUACAAAAGUUUUAGCAAAACUUUAUUCCAUUCAUUAUAAUGCUGAUAUUGCUGCUGGUACUACUACCACUAAGACAACAAAAGGAAGUGAUACAACAAUAGAUGAUGUUGAAGGUUGUAAAGACGAAUCACAAGAUGCUAAAAAUUAUAAUCGAUUGAUAGGUGUAGACAUUGAAAAUGAAGAAGAUGGUGGAGGUGUUUGUAAUGUCGUGGAGAAAGGAAUUUUAGAUUGCUAUGCUAGUAAAUUGUGGGCCAUUAAAUUUGCUACUGAUGCUGCUUUAACUGUGUUAAGAGUUGAUCAGAUUAUCAUGAGUAAACCAGCUGGUGGACCUAAAGCACCAAAACAAAAUCCUAAUUGGGACGAAGAUUAA